AUGGCACCGCCUCGGUCUAAAAAGAGGGCCCCGUCGUUCCGGAAGCUUCUGAAGACGUCUGGAGUGAAGCUGGAGAACAAACAGCGGAACAGAACCUUCAAGCGACAGAAUGUGGAGAAGAAACAGAGGAAGGAACAGAAGAAGCUGAGGAAGGCCUUAAAGAGCGCCUCCCAGAGGACACCCCGGGACCUGCACCAGACCAUACAAAGACCAGAGGAAGAGGAGCAGGAGCAGUUUAUGGAGGAGCUGCCCACAGACAUGCUGGAGGAGGAGGAAGAGGCGCUGCAGCUGAUGAAAAGUAUGGCCCAGAGAGCCUCCUUCAUCACCAGAGACCUGUCCUCCAGUGCUCCUGUCCACUCCGCUAAAAGGAGGAGAUCUGAACUUCUGCUGAAUCUGGAGAAAGUUCCACGAAAACUGAAGAAAAUUGAGGAGAAGGAAGUGAUUCACCUGCUGCCAAUCAAAGACAAGAGGGGCGUGGUCCCACAGAGCAUGGAGAGAGUGGUCGAGCGACGUGAGGAGGAGGAGCCUGAGGAGGAAGACGAGGAGGAGCCGCAGGAACAGGAAGUAACCGACCAACCAGGACCAGACCCUGAGACCAGAGCAGAGCGUUUGACUGAGAGGAAACAGCAGAUGGCAGCACUGAGCUCCUCUGUGAUCUCUGACCCUCAGAACAACAUCAAGCGUCUGAAGGAGCUCAGGUCAAUGCUAUGUGAGGCUGACUCCUCGAUCGCGGUGACGGUGAAGAAGCUUGUGAUGCUGUCGCUACUCGAAGUUUUUAAAGAUGUGGCUCCUUCGUACAAGAUCCGAGCUCUGAGUGCCUCCGAGAGGACAGCCAAGGUGAGGAAGGACACUCAGUCUCUGCGUGAGUUUGAGGAGGGUUUUCUGAGUCAGUACAAGUUUUACCUGGAGGAGCUGGAGCUGAUAAUCACAGACUGGAGGAGGGGUCGUUCCAAACGGGUCCAGACCGUGUCCCUGGACUCGUACAGAGGUCUGGCCCUGGUCUCAGUCCGCUGUCUUUGUGAGCUGCUGCUGCAUCUGACCCACUUCAACUUCCACAACAACAUCAUCGUAGCUUUAGUCCCUCUGAUGAACCAUGAGGACCCAGAGGUCUCAGGUCUGGUCUGCACCUCCUUUCGGACUCUCUUCUCUCAGGACAAAGUGGGAGGAGCUUCGUUAGCGGCCGUCAGAGUCAUCUCUGGACUCGUCAAGAACCACAAUUACAUCGUCCAGCCCCAGGUGCUGCAGACGUUUCAUUCGCUGAGGAUCAAAGAGGUCCAGAUGAAGAGCGACUUGGAUUAUACAAAACCAAAACAGAAACUUCUCACGAACAAAGAGAAGAAGAAGAAUCUGUCACGUAUGCAGCGCAAGUGGAGGAAAGCAGAGGAGAAGUUGCAGAAGGAGCUGCUGGAGGCCGAUGCGUCCGAGUCCAGGGACAAGAAACUCAAACUGCACACAGAAACCCUGAAUGUUGUCUUUGUGGUGUACUUCCGGAUUCUGAAGAAGGCUCAGAAGUCGGUGUUGUUGCCUGUGGUGCUGGAGGGGCUGGCCCAUUUCGCUCAUCUCAUCAACGUGGAGUUCUUCGACGAUCUGGUGUCAGUGCUACAGAGGCUCGUCCAAUCAGGAAAUCUUUCGACUCGUGAGUCUCUGCACUGCAUCCAGACGGUUUUCACCAUUUUAUCAGGACAAGGAGACGUGUUGAACAUUGAUCCUCUGAAGUUUUACUCUCAGCUCUAUGAGGUUCUGCUGCAGCUGAGCGCAGGCUCUUCUAACGAUGACAUUCAGAUCGUCUUGCGCUGCAUUGACGCCAUGUUUCCACGGCGACGGAAGCAUGUGACCCUCCAGAGAGUGAUGUCAUACCUGAAGCGUCUGAGCACGCUCAGUCUGCACAUGCUACCUGAUGCUAGCAUUGGUAUAUUAGCUGUUAACAGGACGCUACUGCAGACGUUCCCACGCUGUGACGCUCUGCUGGACACUGAGCUGCAGGGGGGCGGAGUCUUCCUCCCAGAACUCAAUGAACCAGAGCAUAGCCACGCCCACAACGCCACCCUGUGGGAGCUCCGCCCCCUGCAGACACAUUUCCAUCCCACAGUCAGGACUCUGGCGUCUCACUUGAGCCACGGGGCUCCGAGCGAGGGCUCCCGAGCCCUGAGCGCCCAACUGGCACACAGACGUCCUGAGGAGCUGUUUGACGACUACAGAAUCACAGACAUGAGCUUUAAUCCUCCUGUGCCGAGCCAAUCAGCCUUCAGGAGGAAACAGGACUUUUGUUUUCGGCAGAGGAUUUUGGACGAGAAUCUGCGGAAACUCGUCGAGAAGCUGACAAAUGAGGAGGCGGGGCCUUUGUCGGAGGAGGCGGGGCCUUUGGCGGAGGAGGCGGGGCCUUUGGCGGAGGAGGCGGGGCCUUUGGCGGAGGGGGAGGGCCCUUCGGCGCCUCUGUUACGCAGAGACGUCAUGGACAGUUCUGCUUCUGUGUAA